AAUCUGGACCUCAGUGAUUUGAAGUGGGCACAGAGUGUAAGACCCACACAGCACUGUUUUGGGGAUCUUUUUUCUAGGUUUGAACAGCUACAGUAGUCUGAGAUUUCUCCACAGACAUCUGAGCAAAAUGUCUGUGAUUCUGGGAGCGCACAACAUUCGGAAGCCAGAACCAAACUCUCAGCGGAUCAAAGUGAGGCGCUGGAUCCCCCACCCUAAAUACAACAGGACGAUCUCUCACUGCUAUGACAUCAUGCUUCUGCAGCUGAAACACAAAGCCAGGCUGAAUAAGCAAGUGCAAACCAUCCCUCUGCCUGCUUGGAAGAAAAAUGUGAAACCAGGAACCAUGUGCUCUGUGGCUGGCUGGGGCAGAAUACACCUGUGGAGUAACAAGACAUCUGAUGUAUUGCUGGAGGUGGACCUGAGGGUGCAGGAUGAUCGCAUCUGCAGGAAGUGUUUCCGCAAAUACGCUCCUCAGGUUCAGAUGUGCGUAGGGGAUUCCUCUGGAAAGAGAUCAACAUUCAAAGGUGAUUCUGGGGGUCCUCUGGUGUGCAAUGGGGCAGCCUAUGGCAUUGUCUCCUAUGGACCACAUAGAAAAACCUUCCCUAAAGUAUUUGCAAAAGUCUCCAGUUUCAUCCCCUGGAUCAAGGAAGAGCUUAAAAAGCUGCAUUCUUAG